AUGUCAAACCGCUCACGAACUCCCAACACGCCCUUCAUUCCACCUCUCGGAUCCCCAGACGGGUCCCCAGCGCCUGUUGUCCCAAAUCUUCCUUCAAACAGGCACAGCCCUAAUCCUGCGCAUGCAUAUCUGCACUCACCGUAUGCCACUACCCCUUUCGUCCCGCCUGCAAAUAUAUCGCCCAUGGGAACACCAGGUGUGAUUCCAUCGGUCAUUCCUGGAGGGGCUCAACCAAGGGGUCUCCCACCGAGACAAGGUGUCUCUGCAGAUUUUGUUGGAUAUCCCAACGGUGUUGACCCUUGGACUGCACAAGCUCAAGGCCUUCCCUCAACGCCAAUGCUUGGCUACGGAAACCCUAUGUCACCCUGGCAUCCGCAGACUCCUGCCAGCGCGCCAGCGGCGUAUCCUAAUUUCAACACACCAUGGAACCCUUCUACCCCCUUGCCAUCACAGUGGUCAUCUAAUCCGAGAGGCAUACCGCCACCUGUGCCACCGCCAGGACAUGGAGGAUACUCACCCUAUUCACCAUUUACACCUGCAUACCCACCUCCUGGACAGUUGCCUGGAGGUCACGGUGGUGCACCUCCAGCUUGGGGGAUGCAAGGAAUGGGAAUGCACCCGCAGAUGCACCCGCCAAUGGGACCACCACAUCACGGCUAUUUCGGUGCACAAUGUCCUCCAGAUUGGGUACAACAAGGAUUUGGCCCGCCUCCGCACAUCAAUGCACCUCCUCCCCCACAACGAGUAGCUCCGGAAAAUCAAAGAACUGAUCAAGUGUCCCCCUUUGCUAUAGGACCUCAUUAUGGUCCUGUGCUCGACCCUAGCUUGAUUCACAUCCUUGGGGUUCAGUUACGCAUCAACCCAUUGCUGAUGCCUCUGCCUGAAGACGGAUCUGAUCAAGUACACCUCAACUGGAACAUGCUUUUCCCGACUUCAGACGUACAACGCUCAUCGGAUCCAUCUCAUAUCUCGUGGUCAAAAGGCAGAGACGAGCCCGCGACAUUCCCACGUGUUACACAAUUGAGCAUCGUCACGGAGAGCCUACCAUGGAUCAUAGAGGCGCGCGCGACGGAGAAAGCCCGUGGGCUGACGUGCGGAGAGCUCAUCGACGCAAUAGGCCGCAGCCUCGGACGCCUCGCUUCCGAAGCCGACUACAGGCUUCUAUCUUCACAGGCCAAACGCGACCUUAAGUUCGCAUACGAGUACAACAGGCAGCGCCACCAGGACGUGCCGGGGGGCAAGCUGGGGGCGGGAAUGAAGCGCCUAGACUAUCUCGGGCGGAGCACGAUGUUCGCUGGGAUCGAGCUGAACGACCGGGUGGUGCGGCGGAUGCAUGGCAUGGCGCUCCCGUGCUUCGUGGUGAUGCGCACGUCGCCCUCGUACCCGAUGACGGAGAAGGAACGGAGGGACCAGGAGGCGCGUCAGAAGUCGGCGAGCUCGCACGGUCAUCGAUCUAGAGCUGGCUCGGUGAACGCACGUAUCACUGUGGAAUCGCCCAGCUCGACGGGUGGCUCUGAUACCGACUCUGCGGACUAUGAUCGUUGA